AUGGAGGUGCAGAUAAUGCUGGAGCCGGGCAUUCACACGCUGGAGUGGGUGUAUUACAAGGACUCCAAGUUCACCAAGGGCAGGGACUCCGCUGCCCUGCACCUGAUAGAGGUGGGGGGCAUAGACUACACGGACCGACAGUGCUUCCCAUGCCAGGCAGGCUUCUACAGUGACGAGGGCUCUACUGAGUGUGCGCCAUGCCCUGUCGACCACUACUCCCAGGAGGGCUGGCCGGAGUGCAAGCCAUGCAGUGCGGAAGAGUAUGCGCAGUCGCCUCCUCGAGCCAACUGCACUGCCAGGCCUCCGUGCAAUGUGACAACGGAUGCCGCCCCCACCUACGGCAACUGUAGCGCAGUGGACAACCAGAGAAUUAAGACAUGGGCAUGGCUCACGCCCCACAUCUGUGCGCCUCUCUCGGAGGACGAAGACCUCCCUGCUGACACCCACGAGCCGUGCCCCCCCUGCCCCUCAGGUCAAUACGCUGUGGAGGACAGCACCACGCGCACCAGGCUCUGCCACUUCUGCCCACCGGGUCUGGCACGCAAUGCCUCAGCUUCUUCCACGGACAAGGCCUGUCGCAAGUGUCCCCCAGGGGAGGUGGCAGUGAAGGCACUCACCAUGGACCACUUUGAGCUGCACCGGGGGAAGCUUCCUGACGGCUUCGUGACGGGUUGCAGCGGGGACUGCGGUUCGCUGGGGUGGAGAGUGGUGAACGGGAAGCUGGACUCUGGCAGCAACCACGGCAAGAGUGCCUCUGUAUGGCUCUCUUAUGACUUCAGCAUGGCAGUGGACGGGCACGUCUCAUUCGCUUACGAUGUGGACAUACCACGCGGGGACCUGCAGAGGGGGCUCUUCUUCUACGUGGACGAUCAGCUGGUGCUGAACAUCGAGGACGAGGAGGGUGCCGGCUCAGCACCGGCCGGCCCGACAACCAGCGACACGUGGCCGCUGCCAGCUGGCGACCACAGUCUGAUGUGGAUCUGGGUCACACUCAACGCUGACAAGGCGAUCGCCAGGCGGGAUUCGGCUGAAAUCCUGGACAUCACCGUGUGGGGCAGCACAGUGGGGGGCGCGCCUGCCUGUGUGCCCAUUCCCCCUGGCACUGCCCCGGACCCUGCCACCCUCACCUGGAAGGCCUGUCCGCCUGGAGAGUACAGCGAGGGAUCGGGUCUGCCAUGUGUGAAAUGCCCUGCCAACACAUUCAACCCGAGACCCAAGGGAACCCACUCGUCUUGUCUCCCUUGUGGUCCCGGCACCUCGUCCCUCCCAGGCAGCACAGCUUGCACCGUUGGUGACGUCACUGUCCCCUCCUCCUUCUGCACCUUCCAAGUAGCUUCUGAUCCGACCACCCGCAGCAGCAGCAGCACCACCGCCACCAGCAGCACAAGUGAAACUAAUGCUAACAUCACCAACUCUACUGCCACCACCAGCACCCCCUCCCCCUCCUCUCCACCCGCCUCUUCCCCUCCAAUCGUCUACGAUCUUUCCCCUCUCUCCCGCGUCCAUCCUGGCCGCAUGUUCGGGCCGAUCUUCGAGGAUCCAACGGCUGCGGAUCGGCAGCACGGGCCCCUGUACUUUGUGUCAGUGUGUGCUUCACCUGCAGGGAGCACAGAGAGGGGAGAGAACGUUGGGGGGAGCACAGAAGGGGGGCAGGGUAUGGAGGGAGGGGGUGCUGGAGAGGGAAAUGAGGGGAAGCAGGGGAAGGGAAGGGUGGUGGAGUGUACUGAUUCGGAAGGGAAGCCUGUAGCGACCAUGGCGUGCCGGGUGAAUCCUCAGGUGAUGUUGGACGACCAACACCGAGGAUCCCACAGUCUAGGGGACCGAGUCUCCCUCUUCCCCCUCUCGCACCCUCCAAACGCCACUGAACCCCUUUCCAACCGCCCUGAACCCAUCCUUGCGCGGAGGGGGUUGGUGAUGGUGCUGGAAGGGGAAAGAUGCCCUUUUUCUGUGCAGGGGGGAGGGGGGGAGGGGAGUAGGUGGAGGAUGGGCGCAGAUGCGGAGAAGGGGAAGGGGAAGGGGAAAGGGGAAGGCGAGGAGGAUAAGUAUGGACGGCUGACAAUCACGUUCAUGUGUGACCCGAAUGCAGGCAUCGGCCACCCCUCCUCCUGCACAGAAGAAGGCAGGCAGGCAGCAUUCAACGCGUCCCUCCCCUUCCCCCGUCCCCUCACAUCAUUAUUCUCGUGCUCCCCAUUCCCCUGUUUCCCUCCUCCCCUCUCCCCCAGGCAUCGGCCACCCCUCCCCCUGGACAGAAGGGGGAAGGCGGGCGGCAUUCAACACGUCCCUCUCUUUCCCCGCCUGGAACAAGCGGGGGGAGACCCAGUCCCCGUCACACAGGGGGGAGGCGACGGGGUGGUGCCAGGGUGUGCGUAUGAGCUGGCGUGGUACAGCGCGUAUGCAUGCCCUCUGUGCUCGGAGGAAGAUGUGGAGGAGGUUCCAGUGGCGGACUGCCACAACAACAAGCGAUCCACCUUCAAGUACCGCCAUCCAAGGGUGUGUCAGCCCAACGCCCAGGCUCCUCUCCCUCCCGACCAGCUCUGCUCCCCGUGCACUGCUAACGACUACAGUAGCUUCCAGCAAAGCUGCACUGACAGCGCGGGCAAUCACAACGUCUCCUACUCCUGGAACCUGCCCAAAAACUGCAGCGAGAACCUGCCCGGAGCGGCGAAACUGCCCGAAAAUAUUAUCGUUGGAGAGUGCCUGUUCCAGGUUCGUUACAUCCCGGCGAAAUACCUUGCUCCGAAAUACAUAAUAAUCACAGCGGCUGGAGCUACUGUGAUUGUGAUGCUGGCGGUGAUGUCGGUGGUAACCUGGUUACGCAGCAGGAGAGUGUAUUCCAUGUACUCCCAGCUGGUAGCAGAGGAAGUGCAGCUGGAGGCGGAGCUGGCAGCCAUGGCUGAGCAGGCAGACCAGGAGAGGGAGGACAUGCUGUUCAACAGAGAUCCUAGCUACCCCUCAUAA